AUGUAUUAUAAGACCUGAUACAUGAUCUGAUGUCAGCCUGUGCUAUUUGACAACAGCUGCCGGAGUAUCGCCAGGACGUUUACGGCAUGGCUUUGUUUGAGAACUGCUCCGUGUUAUUGGAGCUGAAAACUUUGCCCUUCAAGGAGAAGAAGAGGCUGAAGUCAGCAGUAACAGAGAAUGGAGGCAACAUUUCCUUUGUGGUCAAUAAACAGUGCUCUCUGAUAGUGAGCAGCGAUGUGUCCAACCUGAGCUCCAACAGGCUGCGUAGCAUCCAGAAGUACCAGACUCCCGUGGUCGGGGUGGAGUAUGUGUACAGCUGUCUGGACAGAGGAGCUCUUCUGCCUUUGGAUGGAUACAAGCUGGAGACAUCCUCUCCCUCGGAUUUUUCAACCCCUCCUCUUAUUCUCCCCUCGCCGAGGUCAACUCCAUUGUCACAAGCGUCUAAAGCACCGACGAGCACAGCUGUUGCUGAGCGACCCAAAGACCCGGCCAAGUCUGUGGACUCCGUCAGUCGGACUCAGAGGACAGAGACUCCGGAGAAGAGCGGAAAUAUCCUGGAAAAGUUCAGAAUUUACACGGAGACUGAUUCUGAUCUUCCGUCGUAUCCGGAUCAUUUUCAAGUGGCCAAGUAUUCAGUCUUUGAAAAGAUAAACAGCAACACAUGGUGUGUGCUGGAGCUGCAGAGCGUCAAAGGAGAGAAAGGACGGCGGUACCGUGUGGUCAGGUACUGGAAGAAUAAUACAGGAGCCAAGAAGGAGGCGGUGAAGGAUAUGCUGGUGUUUCUGUCCACGUCAGAGGAAGCUCUGGAGGUGUACCAGGCUCUGAGAGAGACCUUCAAGACUACAGGUCUGCAGCUGAGGAGCAGCAUCCCUCCGCAGGCCCGCGACCUGGGUUCCACCCCCCUGCAGCAGCUGCUGCUGGAGGAGAAGCUGAACACGGGAAGCUUAUCACAGGAGGUGGCUGUUUUUGUGGAGAUGCUGUGGACUGAGGCCGUGGGCUACCUCAGCAACAUCCUCCGAGUUUCAGUCAACAAGCUCAGCCUCAAUGAUGUGACCAGGGCGGAGGGCUUGUUGCUUCAGGCUCAGAGGAAGCUAAAGGAGGAAAAUCCUACAGAGGUGGUGUCUCUCCUGGCAGAGUUUUACAGCCUGCUGCCGCACUGGAUGCCCCAAUUAUCCCCCGACGCCAAGCUCAUCUCUCAGAAACUGGACCUCUGUCAGUUAAUUAGAGAUCUGCUGAACGUGAGUGAGAUGACUCUGAGAAGCCCCGCCCCUUCCUGUCUGGGAAACUACCGCGCUCUGAGGUGCAGCAUUGAGACGGUUCCCUCCAGCAGCUCCGAGUUUCAGGCCGUGACUGCUCUGCUGCGGGACAGCAAGGUGCAGAUCCAACAGGUUCUGCGUGUCAGCCGAGGGGUGGAGCUUCAGACAUUUAAGAGUGAGCUCGGGAACAUUAAGCCACUCCUCCAUUCCUCCAGCCCCAGCAACUUUGUAGGAAUCCUGUCCCGUGGUCUGCUGUUGCCCCGUGUUGGAGUGGAGCAUCAUGGGAUAGAGAGAACAGACAUUGGUAAUCUGGGCAGUGGAAUCUACUUCACUGAUGCCAUUAGCACCAGUCUGAAAUACUCCAAGUGCAGCGUGACAGACGGCUCUCGGCUGCUGUUGGUGUGCGAUGUGGCGUUGGGAAGUUGCAAGGACAUCCACAAGAGAGACCUCACGCUGACCGAAGCCCCUGAGGGACACCACAGCGUGCAUGGAGUCCGACGCAGCCGUAACACACACUCCGAGUUUGAGGACGAUGAGUAUGUGGUCUACAGUCCUGAUCAAGUGAAACUGAAGUACGUGGUGCAGUUCAGCAUCGAGGGAGACCAACUGAAGGAGUUCAGUCCUACCAUCAACACCUCCGCUGAGCCGUGUCUGCCUCCAUCUGAUCAGACACCCUCUUUAGAUUUGGAUGACGGGGUUGAAAAGAUUAAAAACCCCCUGGAGGAUGUGACGGCUGGACUGUUGGACAGCUCUGGCCAGCAGCUCCCUCUGCAGGCCGUCCACGUGAAGUGCAAACUGAGGGAUCUGCUCUCUCAGGUCAUCAUUUUCCAGAAAUACACCAACACGAGCUCCGUGCCCAUUGAGGCAAAGUAUGUCUUCCCAUUGGACGAUUCUGCAGCAGUGUGUGGAUUUGAAGCUUUCAUCAACGGGAAACAUGUGGUGGGAAAGGUGAAAGAGAAAGAGACGGCUCGUAAGGAGUACAAGCAGGCUAUUGAGAAAGGCCACGGAGCGUAUCUCAUGGACCAGGAUGCCCCUGACGUGUUCACCAUCAGCGUGGGCAACCUGCCGCCCGGCGCCACCGUCCUCAUUAAAGUUACCUUCGUGUCUGAGCUGAUCGUCAGGGAUGGGGGUAUUCUUUUCUCCCUGCCUGGGAGUGUGGCUCCGUGGCAGGAGAGUGCAGCACUCAACCAGACCACACAGGUCACUGUGGAGAAGGUGUGUGUGACUGAUGAGGCAGCAAGUACAAGAGAGUUCACCUUAGACGUGUCGGUUGAGAUGCCCUAUGAAAUUACCAGACUGCAGUGCUUCACUCACAAAGUCAAGAUUAAGAGAACACAGUGUAAGGCAGUAGUGAGUGUGCUGCCAGGAGAGGUCAUGGGUGCAGAGGGUUUCCAGCUGUCAGUCGCUCUGUCUGAGGUCCACCUGCCCAGGAUGUGGGUAGAGACACACCCUGACAAGGACAGCCAGGCCUGCAUGUUGGUUUUCUAUCCAGCCUUUGACAUCAACUCCAGCUCAGCGUCCGAUGAAGUCGUCCUGUUGCUGGACACGUCUGAGUCCAUGAAGGGAGAGUCUCUCCACAUGGCCCAGAGGAUCGCCCUCCAGGUCCUCAAAACCCUCGGCCACAACCUUAGACUCAAUGUCAUUUUAUUUGGCACAGAUCACACCGAAGCGUUCCUGACAGCACAGCCGCUCGCUGAAGGUCGUCAGGCAGCAGAGAACUUCAUCAAGCGCCUCUCUCCAGUGGGAGGCAGCACCGAGCUGUGGCGGCCCCUGCGCGCUCUCAGCCUGCUGCCUCCGUCCCGCGGCACCAGGAACCUGCUGCUGCUGUCGGACGGCCACAUCCAGAACGCAGAGCUCACCUUGCAGCUGCUCAGAGACAACGCUCAGCACAGCCGCCUCUUCACCUGUGGGCUCAGCCCGACAGCCAAUCGGCACAUGCUGAGAGCUCUGGCCCAAGCAGGGGGUGGAGCCUAUGAAUUCUUCGACACAAAAACCAAACACAACUGGGCAGAGAAGGUGGCAGCUCAGGUGAAGCGUAUUGCAUCUCCUGGCUGCAGUUCAGUGUCAGUGAAGUGGCAGCAGUUCAACCCAACGGCGCCCACUCCUGUGCAAGCCCCCAAACAGCUGCAUGCUCUGUUCAACGACUGUCACACCCUGGUUUACGGCUUCGUGCCACACUGCACCCAGGCCACCCUCCUUGGAAACCUGAGUGGGCAGGAGCUCAAAACCAUGGUGUCAACCAGUGAGCUGCAGAAGACUAGAGGCACAUUUCUUCACAAGCUCACAGCAAGGGCCCUCAUCAGGGAUUAUGAAGACGGGAACCUGGAUACCAAUGAGGCCGAACAUGAGGGGAAGAAAGAGGAGCUGAAGUCCUUCAUCGUGGAGUUGAGCAAAGAGUUCUCCAUUCUGUCUCAGUUCACCAGCUUCGUUGCCAUUGAGGAAAGGGACUCAGAAAAACCAGAGGAGGGUUUCACAGACAUCCCCAAGUUGAUCGCAGAAGAAGAUGUGGACUUCCUCCACUACAUCAGCUGGACUUUUCCUCAGGAGAGUUCAGAGGAAGAGAUGGAGGAAGGAGAGAAAUACUCUUUGUGUUUACAUUCAUCUGUAGUUCUGAAGGAAAGAAUCCAUUCUAUGGACCAAAUUAAAUGUGACAUGGCGCUCUCAAUCUCUUCAGAUGAUUCACUAAUGGAAGAAUCCCUUUUUACAUCGGGAGUCCUACAUAGUUUGGGACACUCCAGCUCUUCAGAUGAUUCAGUAACGAGUCUGAUUGACUUCUCUUCACCAAUUGAGGGGCAUCAAGAAGCCGCUGAUGACAGAAGGGCUAACAGUAUGAGGUCCUCAGUACAGCUCAAAGAUUUGGAAUUUCUUCCUGAUUGCAUGGUUACGGAGGGUCAUCCUCCUCCUCCUCCCGCUCCUCUUCCUCUUCCUCCUCCUCCACUUGCACAAGCCCAAGUUUUCGGCUCUGUAGUCCUUCCACCUCCACGUCCCCUUGAAUUCACUGGAUCUCAGAUCAAGAAUCGUGCACGCUCAAUGUAUUUUAAAUCAAUCGACAUGCCACAUCCACUCACUUACUCAGCGGACACAUUCCAGAGUAUUGAGAAGAGUUUUUCACGUUCCCGGUCACGGCAACCACGUUCUUCACCUAAAAUGGCCGAGAAAGCCAGCAGGUGGAUACCAAUGACUUCUAAACCAACCCAGAGUCCCCUACCGAUUCUUGACAUGGAAAAGGAGGGUCCAGUCAUAAAGUCCCAAGAUUUGAGUUUCACUGGUGCUGAAGUUGGAGACGAACUUUCAGCGACAUUAUUAUGCCACAGCAGACGUAGGGUCAAGGGCAUAGAAACUGACUCUAUGGAAAUCAUGGCUGACACAGCUGAACCCGCACCUCUCGUACAUAAACGAAAAACUCUGAGAAAAUGUUUCAGGAGCGACGAAUUACUUGGGACAUCCGCCUACUCUCCGCCUCAAGCUGGACCCCAAAGAGCGGUCUUAUUUGGAGCGCGUGCUGCUCCAAAUGAAGGUCUGUUUUACGAGACAGGUUUUUCAUCCGCGGCAGUAUUGGCCCAGAAUGAAUCUGCACAUGAUAAAGCUUUACCUCCGCUUUCCCCGAAGACAAAAAGGAUUCUGGCCGCUUCAGGUAGCCCUCCAGUAAAACUGGCCGCAGCUGAAUCAGCAUUUGCUCAGUUCUUUGGCGGAGAAAGGAAGAGGCCCCCUCGUGUAAGGGGGGCACGAGUUGUUCGUUCCUGUGGGGAAAUAUCGGCACCUCAGACUCUCAGCAGCAAAUCACCAAAGUUCAACUGGACAAAGAUCUUCCAGAUGCAGCAUUCAGAGGGCUACUGGGAGUUAACCAAACAACUGGGAGAAGUUAUAAAUGUCAAUGUCGACCUCUUUGCCAACGAGUACCUGAAAAGCAAGGGCAUCAAUUCUCUAGGUGUGAAGGCCCAUGCAGACAUCCUGAGACUGGUGGCAACUCUUCUGGUUCUGCAGCUGAUGAGGGUGGAGAAGCUGGAGGAAGGAGAACUGCUCCGCACCCUCUUCUGCCUGAACGACUCUCAGCCCAGGCCCGAGCGGUGGGAGAAGGUGAAGAAGGCGGUGGAUUGGGUUUGCUGGGCGGACAAGCAGUACCCGUGUGUCUACACCCGGCUGGAGUUUGGUCUGAGCUGGGAGUCAUCCACCCGUCAGCUGCUGGGCUACGAAGUCCUCCCGCCCUUCUCACCUCUCUGUGGUCUGAACCUACAGGGGACUGCAGACUCCGAGGUUCCUUCAUACAGUUUGAGUGAAAUUCAAACCAGUGUUUGAAGGGGUGCCACACAGCAGCAGUGGAGCUCCAGACAAACAGGAACAUCACCUCAACUUUCAUCAAGACACCAUGCCACCAAGACUUGAGGGGAGGCGCUACCCAGUAUUAGUUUGUUGUUCCUAAUAAAGUGCUCAGCGAAUGUAUACCGAUUAACUGGGUUUCUAAUCACCUUUUGAAAAGUAUCACUGACUAAAACUGAACCUAGAAGUCUAUAAGGUCAGAGCAGUGGUUAUCUGUGUCACCAGGUUUCUGUCUUUGAAUGCAUGUACAUGUAUGGUGCAUUUUAAAGGUAUUUUUUAAAACUUUCUUACUUUACUGCACGGUAGAAGUUGAAAAUUAAGGAAAUAGAAAUGUAGAAAGGUAUGACCAUAGUUACAGGAAGUAUCGAUGUACUGAUGCCUAUCAAAGAUACAAUACAAUUAGCAGACAUUGUAGAUGAAAUCAUGUAGUUUUGUAUUUUGUGAGGGACCCACUAUGGAGUUGGCUGCACACAAACUUUCAAACAUGGGAAGGAAAAGCUAGAUGAAUGCCUGAAAAAUACUGUUUCUGCAUUAGAUGCGUUUUAACAAGAUUCAGCUUGAACAGACUGUUUUAUGAUCAGAAGGCUGCAAUAAACACCUUCCUAAAAAAUUAUUGUGAAAUGUCAACUCUGUAUGAUAAUGAUCAGCAGAUGGCAGAGCGUUUCAGAUGGGGCUUUUUAUGAUCUGUAACUGUAAUUUGGAGAUCAGUGGUUUGCACAGGACAUAUGCAGUGUAUAUUCUGAUAGAAAUUACAAAAACUUAAUUGCCUGUAACAGAUUUGCACUAUUAGAUAGCUGCCUUCAUCAAGUGUCACUCCUGUUCUUCGUUGUGGCUGUGGUUCAGAUUGUGUGUGUAUGAUCAUGAACAGAAUUAAAAUCUUCUAAAAUGUU